AUGUUUUUAAAAUUUUUUUAUCAAAAUUGACUCGUAAUUUUUGCAAAUUCACCAAGAAUUAUUGAAAUAUUUAUUCAUUUAAUUGUGAAAUUAUGUAAAUUGAUAUAUUCAAUGUUCAUUCUAUGAAAAUUCAAGUGUAGUUUGAUCAACAGUUGAACGUGAAACUUUGGAAAUAACAUCAAAGACAGAACGUUUUCUCAUGCCGCCUGUAAAAUUUUCCCGCGUAAUAAGUGUCACUUCGGAGGAUCCGAGGUACCCUGCGAAAAAUCUACUCAAUUCGGAUGUCGUGAGUCCUUGGAAAUGUAAAGAACCAGGUGAAAAACAGGCAGCUAUUAUUCUACAACUGGAUGAAUCAUGUGUAAUCCAAAGUAUAGAUAUUGGCAACGAGAAUUCAGCCUUUAUCGAGAUAUUUGUCGGAAAAUCCAUAACUCCUGAUAGUUUCGAGAUUCUUCGUGUAGCUUCCGUAUUGAUGUCAGUACAAGAUUGUAAAACUGGUAACAACAAAAACACUGUGAGGUUUUUCAAACACGACGAAUUCGCCAAACCUGUCUCGAAUCAGUCGUGGGAUCAGUUGAAAAUCGUUUGCACGCAGCCGUUCAAUAAACAUGCCCAAUAUGGAAUAUCAUUCAUUAAAGUACAUUCCAAAAGUGAUACUGCUCCCGUUAGUAAUUCAGUUUUUGGUAAAUUUGCUAUGAAAAAAGAUGAAAACGACGAUGUGUCGAUAUCUACCGGUAGCUUUUUCGCUAAAAGGAAAUUAUUAACGCAGGAUGUAUCAGCUGCAUCUGCCAUUAGACAAGCGGCGAAUGAUCCUAGUGGUUCAAUAUUGAAUAAAGUGACUACCGGUACGAAACGACUCAGUGAUUUGUUACCAAAUAAAAAUACGAAAAAACCUCGUACAAACGGUGACAUAAACGAUGACUCGUUAUCAAACGAUUGUCGUCGUAGUACAAAAGGACGUUUAUUAUACUCGCAAGACGACGCUGACGAUGAUCAGGAUGACGACAGUUCUUCUAAACCAACCACUCCUUCUAGUUCGCAGAAUAAAAAUCAGACUCCUAAACGAGAUACACCGACUACUAAAAAAAAGGAUACCCCUGUUACUCCGAAAAUUACACCUAAACGAGAUACUGUUUCUCCUGCUACUCCUAAAAACAAACCCAAAAUCAACGAUACGCCGAAGCAAAAAAACACCAAAGAUGAACCAUCUAAAAAACGUGUCAACAACGAUCCUCCAACUGGUUCGCAGAAACCCCCGAAAAUCGAUAUUGCUCCGAAAAAAAGAAAACCGUUUAAUAAACUAUUGGAAGGUGUUGUAUUUGCCAUCAGUGGGUAUCAGAAUCCAUUCAGAGGCGAACUAAGGUCGAAAGCUAUGAAAAUGGGUGCCAAAUAUAGAGCUGAUUGGGAUGAUACUUGUACACAUCUGAUAUGUGCUUUUACGAAUACACCGAAGUAUGUUCAAGUUCUAGGUUUAGGAUGGAUUGUUCGAAAAGAUUGGAUUGAGGAUUGUUUUAAAUCAAGGAAACGUCUUCUAAGCUCAGGGUAUAAGUUGGAUAAAAAUGAUCCUUACGCCAAUUCAAACGACGAAGAGAUUUGGGAACUUGAUAAAACCUCCACCAACGACCCACCUUCUCAACCACCUCCCAAAGAGAAAAAAGUGACUUCUCAACCAGUGAGCACUGCUUCGUCUAACGACUUGAUUGGUUCGCAAGAUCUUACUCAAUUUGAUCCCGGUUCUCCGAUAUUUGAUCAGCCUCAGACAGACAUUUAUGAUGUUGAAACAGACGUCGAUAGCGAGCACGAAGAUCCUCAGCUCGACUUGAAAUACGAAACAGUUUCGAUGAAAGUACUUCCAGAGUUCUUCAAAAAUAAGAAAUUUUAUUUAGGAACUGAUUUAUUACAAUCUGCGUCUAAAACGCUUCGACGAUAUAUUACCGCUUAUAAAGGAGAACCUCAAGAGGAUGUUGAUGAAGCUGAUUAUAUUAUUAGUGAAGAAACAAGAUACAAAGAUAACGUAUCUGGUACUCCUGUCGUGUUACCUGACUGGAUCUGGGAAUGUAGCGACCAAAAGAAAUUAGUCCCAGUUGAUAAUUAUUUAGUGUAAAUUUUUAUGACCUUUUUUAUACUAACUUAAUUUUUUUUUUUUUAUUCAGCUGUAUAAUAUCAUCGUAAGAUUAUAUUGGAAGGGAGAGCACAGUAUUUCACAUAACUUUGUCGAAUAAGUCCGGCUGUACGCUCCUUUCAUAUCACUGAUUUCUGGUUUAGUACAAAAAAAUAAAUCCCUCUUCUUUGUGUCGUAA